AUGGUGUUUGGUCAAGUCGUAAUUGGUCCACCAGGAUCAGGGAAGACUACCUACUGCAACGGUAUGUCUCAGUUUCUUCAACUUAUUGGAAGUUUCUUCGCAAGUUACUGUUUCCACAGCAUUGUUGCUGUUCCUGCAGCACUGGUACUGUUCCGCGCGCGUUAUAGCGCUCGCUAUGGAGCCAUAGCGAGCGCUAUAGCUUCGUGCGCUACGCUAUGGCCAUAG